AAAACUCAAAUACUUUAUCGUUUCAAUCCAUUUCCAGAGUUUCAAAUGGAAACUGUUCCAUUGGCCAUCAAUCGCUCACUGAAACAGGAGGAAAUAUUUCCACAACGUCUCAACAAUUUAAUGGGCUACAAUAUGAAUGUUGUCAUUGGUGGUUCCGAUCCUCGAAUAAUACCAUACGAAAAAGAUGGAAAACUAUUUGUAGGAGGAUUUGUUGGUCAUUUCGUAUGGGCAUUUGCCAAAAAAUAUAAUUGUAACCUGCAUGAACCAUUACCAUAUAACCCCAAAGUUCCGCUACCCAGUCAAGAGCUAAUGAGAGCUGUUCGCAAUGGAACUGUAGAAUGGUCUGCCGGUGUCACAUUUCCAGGGAUACCGAUUUUAGGUUACACCUAUCCAUAUGAGUUUAUCAACUGGUGUUUGAUGAUACCAGUCGAAGCGGAUAUUCCAGGAUAUGAAUUUUUCACAUCCGUAUUUAAAGGUGAAACCUAUGUCUUCUUUAUUGCCACUUUAAUUAUUAUUUCGAUGGUAUUGAGUGCUGCUUUGUACAUUCAUGGCUAUAGGCCGGAUUUAUUUGAUAUAAUUUGUCACGAUGAUUGUUUGCGCGGAAUGCUGGGCCAAUCGUUUAGCGAGUUGCGUAAUCCACCGGUAAUAGUUCAAGCCAUCUAUUUGGAAAUUUGUAUGUUGGGUAUACUUUUGACGACCACAUAUAACGCCUACUUCUCCACUUAUGUCACCAAGGCACCAAAGACAGCCACUCUGAACACCUUGGACGAUAUUAUGGCUUCAGGUCUAAAAUGUGUCGCCUGGAAACCGGAAUAUAAUGAGAUUUUAUCCCGGGCUCCAGAAUUCAAAAAAUAUGCUCCAAUGUUUUUGGUGGAACCGAAUUAUCAAAAAUAUUUAGAGUACCGUGAAUCGUUUAAUACCCACUACGGUUAUGUGGUACCCACGACAAAAUGGACAAUUAUCACUGAGCAGCAGAAAAUGUUUACCACGCCAUUGUUUAAACAAAGUUCCAGUUUUUGUUUUUACAACAAUAUUCCAAUGGUCUUCCCGAUUCAUGAAAAUUCUCUAUUCAUUGAAGCGAUGUAUAACCUUAUGUUGGAAAUCUGGCAAUCGGGUUUAAUGAAUGUAUGGAUGGAACAUGGAUUUUUAGAGCUGAUCAAAGCUAAAAAGCUGGUGUUAUCCGAUUUGAGCAGAAAGAAAGAAUUCGAAGCAAUGAAAGUCGAUGAUUUGCUGUAUAUUUUUAUAUUUCUGGGAAUAAUGUUGGUGGUUGUGGUUUUGGUAUUCAUUGGAGAAUUGUUAGUAUUUCAUAAACAGAAGAUACGUGAAAAACUACGAAGUCUUGUGAGAACGCGCAAAGGAAAUUUGGAAAUGAAACAAAGAGAUGCUACAAAGGAAAUAUAUGAACCUGCUGGAAAUUAUGUUAGAGAUGGCCUGCUAUGGAGAAAAUUUAAUUAA